CACUCACCUAUUUCUAUUUCCCUCUUUCUCUCCAUCCCCAUUCCCCCAUGGAAACCCCCCAAUUCUUCCAAUCCGACUACUACUCCUCCUCCCCCUUCGCGCCGGAGAAGCGCCUCUCCGACGCCAAAACCAACGACCAUUUCGUCAUCGACGACCUCCUCGACUUCUCCAACCACGACGCCAUUGGCCCCGACGCCGACGCCGAUGCCGAUGACUCCUCCACCGCCGCCCCUCUCAACGCCUCCUCCACCUUCUCUGCCGCCGCCGAUCAGGCUUUUGUUCAGGCCAGCGACGUCGCCACCCAAUUCUCUAAUGACCUUUGCGUCCCGUAUGAAGAUAUGGCUGAGCUGGAGUGGCUAUCGAGCUUCGCUGACGAAUCAUUUUCAAGUGAAGAUUUGCAAAAGCUACAACUGAUUCAAGGCGUGAAGGCCCGAACCAACGAGGCCCCGCAGCCCGAACCGGCCCCGGUGGUCCUUUCGGUCCCGGCCAAGGCGCGGAGCAAGCGGUCCCGCGCGGCCCCGGGCAACUGGACCUCCCGCCUGAUGAUGGUGUCACCGCCAGUGACACCAGAAGCCCCCGCCAUGUCGUCCUCUUCGGAGUCGAGCGGGGGCAACAAGAGGUCCCCGAAGCCCCCGGGGGCUAGGCAGCGGAGGAAGGAGGCCCCCGAGAGCUCCGGGGAGGGGCGCAGGUGCCUCCACUGCGCCACUGACAAGACGCCGCAGUGGAGGACUGGGCCCAUGGGCCCAAAGACGCUAUGCAAUGCCUGCGGCGUCAGGUACAAGUCGGGCCGGCUGGUGCCCGAGUACCGGCCCGCGGCCAGCCCGACUUUCGUGACGCUGAAGCACUCGAACUCGCACCGGAAGGUGAUGGAGCUGCGGCGGCAGAAGGAGAUGGUGCAGGCGCAGCAGCAGUUCCUCCACCACCAGCACCAGGGUGUUAUCUUUGACGCCGCCGCCGCCGCCGAUGAUUACUUGAUCCAUCAACAAAUUGGGCCGGAUUUUCGCCAGCUGAUUUAGCAUUAAUUAAAAUCUUUUUAUUUUAUUUAUUGGAGAGGAUUUUUUUAAUUUAGAUUUUUUUAAGCUCGUUAAUUUUUUUAGGACAAUUGAAUCCUAACUCCUCGAAUUUAGAUUUUUAGAUUUGUGAGGACUAAUUAAAAGUGAAAAAAGAUAGAAGAAGACCGAAUAGGAAAGGAGGAAAAAUUGGAGAGGGAAAAGGGGGCAUGUCCUAAAUUGAAUUGUAUUUGAGCAAUAAUUAUUGAAUAAAUUUUCGUAAUUCGAAUU